AUAUUAAGGGCAAGAUCAUGUACUGGAACGUAACUUUUGAGGGGCAACUCUAAGACGAAUAGAUCACCUUCAACGCCUUACUGUCCCUACCGUUCCUUACUUUGAAACGGGCCUGGCCCUUACACUGACCGCAUCCGCCAUUUGGAGCUUCCUGGUCCUCUCGCAGUCAGCAUUCUCAAACCCUAACUUGCUCUGUCUUCGGCAUUUGCAAAUUCAAGCUUGUAGUUCAAUGGCUGGUACAGGAAACUCUAUGCUAUAUUCGUUCCUUCUGUUCAUCUUGAUACUCUCCCUUCAAGAGAUGUAUCGAGGAAAACUGGCAUCUACCGAGUUAUUUACAAUCCUUGGUGGUCUUAUAAGCUCUCUUAUAUUCCUCGUCUUGCUAACUUUUAUUGGGAACUUUCAAGAGUUGUGUGGCAUGAGAACUGGGUGGGGUACUGUACUCCUAGCGGAAUCUGUUGCUCUACUUGCUGCUGGCACUGUUCAUCGUGUCUGUAUUACAACGUGCUUCCUGUUCUCUGCUGGACUCCUCUAUGAGAUAAAUAAGUUAUCUGGAAUGGUUCAUGGGAAAACUGAGUCUAAAGUCAAGAGGCACUGAAUAAUCAAUGGAAAAUUCCGACUUAGUUUAUUUCCAAAGUGUUCAAAUAGCCGAAUCCAAAUAAUCGGGACAAGGCUCGGGUGAUGAUGAUUUUUAAAGAGUACAAGAGUCAAUAUACUUAUUUCCAUAUGUAGUAAAAUUGUGGGCUUUAUGGGAAAUUUUGAAUUUGUUAAUGACAUGGGUGUUGAAAUGGGUGGAGAGACAUUUGACCCUAACUCUGUUUUCUUUUUCCUUUUCUUUUACGAAAAUUGUGGGGAGACGUUUUGAUAAUUCAAGGUUUAGGCCUUUUCCAAUUGGAUUUCAACAUUUCCUGUGUGUCAAAAUGAUGGGAUGACCCUUACUAUC